AUGCCGCUCGCCUCGCUCGUGCACUGGCUGAGCUCCACACCCGCCUCAUCGACCCUCUCGACUCUCGCGCUCUGGGGCUCGCUCGCGGCGCUCGUGGUCGGGCUGAGAGCGUGGAGCAAGGGCUAUGUGUGCAAGGAGGAGCGUGGGCUGGCUGCGAAGACGUUCUUGCUCACAGUCGCGACUGUCCAGCUGCUUCUCCUGCAACUCUCCCUGCUCUUCCUCGGAGAACUCGCCUCGCACUUCCUUACUUCCUCGCACUCAGGUCGCUUGAAUGCGCCAGCGCUCUACUUGAAGGACCUGGGACCAGCUACCAUGCGCAAGAUUUCGCUGCUGGCUCUAUCGCUAGCUUUCUCGCUCGUUCUUGCUUCGCCUUCGCCCGCUUCAUCGCUCGAUCCAACGACACCCGUCACUUCGACUCUCACCGCCUCGCCAGCGACUCUCGCAACGCAAGCGACGCUCUCAACAUCCUCGCGACAAGCACAGGUACCGCAGCUAGAUCAGCCUGUCGAGACGCAGGCUGCUCGAAGCGACAGUAUGGUGGAGCGGUCGAAUGAGGCGGUGGACGGCGGUGACGGAGAGAUGAAGCGGAUGGAGGAGGUAGCUGGGGUGGAGAAGCGGUGGCAAGGCUGGCAAACUUCGACGUCGACGGUCUGGGUCACCAACACGCAAGACGUCCCUGCCGAAGUAACCAUCUAUACUACGUACGGCGAGCCGCCCAUCGUAGAUGGCGGAACGAUUGUCGAGACCAUCUGGAAGGGCCAGUCGACGCUGACUGUGCCAGGUCCUUCGUACCUCACCCUUACCUUCUACCCUACUGCUACGACUUACUCGACUUCCCGCACGACCAUCCCGACCGCAACUCGCACGAAGACCGCCUCACCCGCCGCAGCAUCCGCUCCGACUUCGACGGUCUGCGCACCUGGAGACGCGGAUGAGAAGCAGUUUACGGGUCUCAAGCCGACGCAUGAUCAGUCGAUUACGCUUUGUGAGUUGGAUGGCGGCAGAGACGCGGCAUCUAGUGCUAAGGCUGUUGCUCACGGUCUCCCCCUGCACCACGCCGACUCUCAGAUCAUCGUCGGUAUUGCCAUCGGCUGGAACCUCUUCAUCCUGCGAGACCUUCUCUACCCCCUCAAGGUCUUCACCGUCGCCGUACACGAGAUGGGCCACGUCCUUGUCGCUAUUUGCCUGGGCUACCGCAUCGGCGUCCUCUCGAUCGACCCGAAGAUAGGCGGCUUGACUCGCGUCGUCGUCCUCGAGAACCGCGAGCACCCCCUACCGAUCGCUGCUCUUCCACCCGGCUACUUGUUCAGCAUCAUUGUGGGCGGGGUCUUGACGUUCUGCGGGUUCGAUACGCUAGCGAGCAAGAUUGCCAGCUUUAUCGUUGGACUGGGCUUCGUCGCGGUCUUCCUGCGAGUCGAGGUGCCGGCGAAGAUCAUGACUCUUCUCGCGCUCGGACUGAUGAUCGGCUUGUGGUUCGUCGACCACGCAUGGGGCUUGCGCUUCUUCAUCCUCUUCCUCGGAGUGAUGAGCAGCUUCUACGUCCUGUGGGACGUCGCCGACGACGCCUUCUUCGCCAAACAAAACCCCUGCUGCCCAAGCCUACACUUCGAAGCCUUCCCGCGCCUCAGCCCCGGCAUCUGGUCCAUCAUCUACAUCACGCUGUCGUUCCUCCUCUUCGUCGGAUUCAUCCUUGCGGCGCUGGCGACAUGGAAGCAGAGUCCGCAUGCGAUGUAUUGCCAGACUCUCUUUCCUACUGUCCUCACGUAA